GCCAUUUUUGAAAAUAUUGACAAAACAAAAAACAUUUUUUAUUGUAUUCUUAUUUUCUCCAGAUCGAGAAAUGAUCUACUAAGCAAUUUUUGCAUUUAUACAAAGGAAAUGAUUGAAACUGUCCGUCAAAGACAGCGAAAUGCUAUUGACUUUAAGAGCUGCUACGAGAAUCUCUGUGCUUUACAAGGUUCCUGUCCAUUGAGUAUCGUAACAGCAAACCUAGCGGACGAAUCUGUUGACUGUAAUGCGGACAGGAUUCCCCUGCAAGACUGGAAUCCCAUCUUUAACGCAACUAGAAUAAAUAAGAACUUGAAAGUUAUUGCUUUGAAGAGUUAUUGGCAAGAAAAAAUUAACAAUGGACAACCAGAAUUUGUCAGUGGUAUGAACUUGUGUCGAAAAAAAGCACCACCAAUUAGAUCAAAGGAUGUCACUUAUAAACUAUGCAGGUCUUUGAAGGACUGUCUGAGUGUAACAGAACAACUAGAGGUUUUGAUUUUGCAAAAUGUUCCUUUGAGAACUCGUGAUCUUAAUUGUUUAUCCAAGGGGCUGUUUAGAAACAAGACCCUUAAACAUCUUUCAUUUGAAAACUGUCAAAUUGGUGACAAUGGAUUUGAAGUCAUAAGCUUGGCUAUCAGAAGUUGUUACUCUUUACAGUCCUUAAAUCUAACUGGUUGCUGCCUAACAUGGCGUGGGGCAGAAACGCUAGCAAAAUUGAUUAAGUAUCAAGCAACAAAAAAACAUAGUUUGGCGUGGCAAGACAGUUUACGAUAUCGUGUGCCUGACUUAGAUAGAAUGUCUGGACUGCGAAGAAUUACAGUUUGUAAGAACAGUUUAUUGGGUGACAGAGGUGUUGAAUCACUUGCUGAGGCUCUAAAAGAUGAUCUAUGGCUUAAAGCUCUGGAUUUGCAACAAUGUGGCAUUUCCAAUCGAGGUGCCCUCGCACUCCAGUCAUUAUUGAGAUGUAACAAGUCACUCGCGGUUCUUGAUUUAAGAAUAAACCCGUUGAUUGAAAGAGAUUUGAUUACGUCAAUCACUCAACAUGUUCUGGUUAACGCUGGUCGAGGAGAAACAGAAUAUGCCUGGCUUGGUGUUCAAGAAACAAGUCCUUCUGGAAGUAAAUUAAAGAAGACAAAACGGAGACGAUCAAAAACUGGCGCGACAAAAACUGGAGUGUCAAAAGUUAAGAGAUCCAGUAUAUCAAUCAAAACUACCAGAGGUCAUGGUAUUCCAUGGAGAACCGCUGCGAGGGUUGGGACAAACAGACAUAAAAACAAUACAAGAACUUGGCCGUUCACUGGAACACAGGACAGAAAUACUGAAGGGCUGAAGGAAAAAGAAGAAAAAACAGAAGCGGAAAAAUCAGAACUUGAAGAAGAACGACCUACCAGCAGCUUAGACAAGUCACAGGACGAUACGCCGGAAAGAAUUCGACAAUUAGAGAUUGAGGUCGAGUAUCUUAAACAUCGUCUGAAAGAGGAGAACCACACUAGGACAGUAGAAUCAGAACAACUUCUUGAGUUACAAUUGGAAAAUCGGCGGCUUCGGCGUGAAAUUGAAUUUUUGAAAGCUGUUGGCUCGGUUUCUGACGACCAAGGUUCUUCUCGUCAACCACAAGUAUGGGGAAAACGCCGAAUUUCAAGAACAGACCUCUUAGAUGACAAUGUGUUGGAAAGCAUUGAAACUUCCUUCAAACAAUUUCAUGCAUUUUUGGACAUGUUGAAUGGAGCAGAGUUGAAGGAUCUACAAACAUUGCUGGAUCAAAUGCGGUUGGAGAAGGCAGGUUCAAAACACGAGGUUUCUAAUACAGGGGCGUAUAAAGGAAGGUGAAGCAGUUGGCAUUGCUCAAAACAUCUUACAUUUGCUGUAUUUAUAGCUAUGUUGUCAUAUAGUAAAGUGAGGUAAUGACUCCUUAUAACUCCGAAUUCAUAGUGACAAACAUAGUGGGUACAGUGCUAAAGAUAUUUUAACUGUAUAAUAAUAUAGGCGUGCAGCUUUAUAAUAAUUUUAAGAUUAAAUAGAAAGUAUCGCUUGUUUAAGAAUUAUACUAUAUCAUUCAGUACUCCAUACACUAAUGAAGUUUUGUUGCUAAUGACCGAUAAACAAUAAUCAAACCUAAGUUGGGAAUAUUGGAUAUGUCCACCAAAUAUAGGAACUUUGAACAUGCACGCGAACAAAUGAAUGACUUAUAUUAACCGUUUUGACAUCCCUUUGCUUGAUUAUUCAAUUGGUAUAGAAUUGCAAGCUCUCUACAGGAUAUUUUGUGUGUUAAACAAUAAGCUGUUGGAUGUAUCGCCAAUAUAACUGUUAAUCAUGUGGAGAGUUUUAUCAAUUAUUGCAUGCCUCCUAUAUGUCGUUCUUAAUUCGGGUUGUUUUAGGUGAAAUUAACCCCCCGUUUAUUGUUUCCUAACAUGUAUUAUGAUACGAUUUA